AUGUAAUCCAUGUUAUUGGUACAAGCCACGUUGAUGGCUAAGAAAAGAACAAUAAACUGUUAUAGAGUUCAUUCACUAUGAUCAGGUUUUUAAUUUUCGAUGUAAUGACCAUUUCAUAAACCGAUUAUGAUACUGAAGAAAUGGCUGUUUCUGUUUUGUUUCUUCGUCAGUUAACGAGCUAUAAACUUCCUAGUUUUCUGUGAUAUGGUGUCACAAAAAACUGUCUUACUAUCGUUGUUGUAUAUUGCUGCUCUUGUCUUCAUCUCAAUUUGGUUUAUGACAAGGAACUUUCCCGAGAAACAAUGUGUUUGUAAACCUUGCGUCCAAUUUUUUGAAGAUACAGUGAACUCCAAAAGAAGCCAACAUAAUGAAGAGGCAAACAAACUCAGAACAAACUUAGCUCAUGAAAAUAGAGAGAAGACCAAACGAAACAUAGAUAAUAAAGAUACGGAGAUCUUCAAAAACACCAUACCGUCAAGUUCAUCAAUUCAUUCAACAAUUGAAGAAGCUGUUGAAAAGAAAAGGAAAUCUGAUGCUAUAGUGCACAAACUUGGUAUUAUUGUACCAUUUCGUAAUCGUCUUGAAGAAUUGCUAGAAUUUGUGCCUUAUAUGACGAAAUUUUUAAACAAUAAAAAUGUUUUGUUUCACAUUUAUGUUAUAAAUCAAGUAGACACUUUCAGGUUUAACCGAGCAGCUUUAUUGAAUGCUGGCUACCUAAUUGCUCAAAAUGAGUCGUGUGAUUACAUUGCUAUGCACGAUGUUGACCUUCUUCCUUUGAAUAACGACUUGAAUUAUGGCUAUCCUUCAGAUGGUCCGUAUCAUGUUUCUGCUCCUUUCUUGCAUCCAAGAUAUCACUAUGCAACAUUUAUUGGCGGUAUCAUGCUGAUGACAAGUGAGCAAUUUGAAAAGGUGAAUGGUCUGUCCACUUUGUUCUGGGGUUGGGGUAGAGAGGAUGAUGAAUUAUAUAUGAGGAUCAAAGAAGCUAAUCUCAGUAUAAAACAACCUGUUGGUAUCACUACUGGAUACCAGACAUUUCGUCAUAACCACAGCAAGCAGCGAAAACGAGAUUAUGCAAGUACAUAUGAACAACGCAAGGCAUCCUUCAAGCGAGAUAGAAAGACUGGGUUAAAUACAAUGGACCAUAAAAUACUAAAUAGAUAUGAGUUGACUAUUACAGGCAAUCAUGUGUCGAUGAUUGCAAUAGAAUUGAAAUGUCAUAAAGAGAUCACACCUUGGUGUGAAUAAGUAGAUUAUACAAUGCGUAUUUUUUUAUUAAAAAAUGUGGCUUUCAGAGGAAUGUGUAAUUUUUAUACAUGUACAUAAAUAAAUUAAUGUUUGAAGUGUAUUAAUAGUCGUCAGUUUAAUAAAGUUUUAAAGUAAAUAUUAA